GGAUGGGAUAUAAAUCUGGCGCCCAGCAUUCGCGGACCUCCCUUGGCCAUUGCCCUGCACAUUUCUGACAGUAUACCGUACCUAAUAAGCCACCAUCAUGGUCUGGAACUUCAACGAAAAGCUUGACAACCCCGAGCGCCGCAAGCUCCGAGAUGAGCUCAUAGCGGCGGACGACAAGUUCGUGCUCGAGAUCCCCAAGGUAGAACUCCAUGCCCAUAUUGAAGGCACCAUGACGGCCGACCUGAGAUGGAAAAUCGCCCAACGGAACGGUACCGAAGUCCGACUCGGCGCCUUUACGCCCCCGGUCAAGAGCCUGGAGGAGCUGCGGGAAGCUUACAAUACGAUCCUGGCGCGGGUUGGGGAGAAGGAGAAGAGCAGCGAGGGAAAGCCGGUCUUGUUCUUCCAGGCGUACUACGAGGGGUUCAACAACUUGAUUACCAAGGAGGACUACUUCGACCUGGCUAUGGGGUAUUUCGAGACGGUUGCGAAGAUGAAUGUCCGAUAUUGCGAGCCCUUCUUCGAUCCCCAGGGCCACACCAGCCGUGGCAUUUCCUGGGAGACGAUGAUGGGCGGGCUCCGAGAGGCGCAGCUCAAAGCCGAAACGGAGCUGGGGGUCAAGUCCCAGUGGGUGAUGUGUUUCCUGCGAGAUCUUUCCCCCGAGUCCGCCAUGGAACACUACAAAGCCGCACAGCCGUAUAAAGACAUGAUCACCGGCGUUGGACUCGAUUCCGACGAGUACGACCGGCCUCCCUCGCUGUUCGAGGAGGUGUUCUCACUGGCGCGGAAAGAUGGGUUCAACAUCACUGCCCACUGCGAUGUUAACCAGAAAGAUACCCACGACCACAUUCGGCAGGUCGUGUCUACCCUCGCUGGAACCGGGGCACAGCGCCUGGACCAUGGCCUCAACGCAGCGGAAAAGCAGGAGUUGAUGGACCUGAUUCUCGAGAAGGGGACUGGCCUGACCGUCUGUCCGUGGGCAUACCUGCGACACGAAACACCGCACUUUAUCUGUUCGCGGAUCCGCACACUCUACGACGCCGGUAUACCGCUGUGUAUCUGCUCCGACGACCCUGGAUACAUGGAGAACUGCUUUGUUCUGCACGACAUGCUCCUUGCCAAGAGGAUAUGUCCCUUCGUGGACUCCGAAAUUGCUGCGAUUGCCAGGCAUGCAGUGAACAUUUGCUGGGCGCCGCAGGAUGUCAAGGAGCAGAUAUUGAAGGAGAUUGACGAUGUAUACAGUAAAUACUACCCGAAGGCGUAGGAUACAGUGUAUAUAAGCGCGCAUGGGCAGAAGUGAAAGAACAUAGUCACCCAUAAAGCCAACAGUACGCCGAUAGAGAAACACUGAGCUAGUAAAAGAUAGAAACACUGAGCUAGUAAAAGCUAGAAACACUCUGUCGAGGAGCAUCAGCCCAGCAUCAACCCAGCAUCAGCCGGUGCGCCAGAAUGCCAACCAUGAUCGAAUUAUACCGACGCUCAACGUCGCUUCGACUCCAAACCUUCUCCAGAGCUUGCAGCGCUCGCUUCGGAUGACCGCAGCCGAUUCUAUGAAAGGUUGAUCUGAGUUCAUCGCGGAUCCACGUCCUGGCCUGGAAUUGAUCUACAUCAUGGCCCAAAUCACCGGGGGAUAGACACAACCCCGCCUGGAACAAGGGCCAGAGUAUGGAGUUCCUCCACGGCGUGUCCGACGGGAUGGCUUUCACAUGGUCGACCGUCAACCGGACUAGACCGGGCACCUCGAAGACACAGUCAGGGAGAUCGAAUAGACAAGCGAGGUAGAUCAAGAUGCCAGCGCGCCACGCCUCCACGAUGUGAAAGCGCGGGCCGGAGCUGUACUUCG